UUUUCGUUUAUAGCCACGUUUAGGCCUAGGCCAUCCUCCAGGACCAGGAAUAACCGGCAGGCCGGUGUCCAAUAUUAGAAGAUCAAAGCAGCCAUUAUUAGGCUACAAAUCUCUGUGUGAAAAUCUAACUUUAGUACAAAAUUCAAACUUGCUGAACAAAACUUCUUUACCGUGUGAACUGCAGAGUAAGAGCACUGGCACACUAUUUGUGUUAAACUGAUACAGUGUAGCUGACAGCGGAAAUGAGACAAGUGGAUGAGAUUAUCCCAGUCACCGCUAGUUUCUACUGGCAACACUUAAAAGUCGCCGUCAACACAUCGAACAUGGCGGACGGGGAUUCUUGGGAUACUGAGAGCUUUGAGCCAGAUCAGCCGCUAAAAAAUGCGGCAGUGCAUGAUAAAUGGGAAGGCGAGGAUGAGGAGGAGGACAUUAAGGAUAAUUGGGAUGACGAAGAAGAGGAGGAAGAAAAGUCUGCUGAGAAACCAACAGAGGUCAAGUCUUCUGAGAAGAAGAAACUAAAUGAGAAAAUUAAAGAGAAGGAAAAUUUGCAAAGACAAAAGCAGGAGGAGCUUCGGAAGAGGAUAGAGGAGCCGGAGGAGCAGGCGCAGCUUGCGGAGCUCACGCAGGUCAUGGAGCUCACGCCAGAGGAUGAACUCGCAGAAACUCUACACGUGAAGAAGCUUCAGGAGGACACUGAUCUGGAGCUGGCUAGCGAUGCAUUCGGCGUCGUUAGUAACCAUGUGACGGGCAUUGACGCUAUCAGUCCCGCCUCCAGAGAAGACUUCACAGAGUUUGAGAAGCUGCUGAAAGACAAGAUCUCACCCUACGAGAAGUCCGUACAUUAUAGCAACUUCGUAGAGUCCCUGUUCAAGAACCUGUGCAUCUCAAUGGAAGUGGAGGACCUGAAGAAGAUCAACAACUCAAUGACUGCGCUGCUCAGUGAGAAACAGAAGCAAGAGAAGCAGAAUAAAGGCAAGAAGAAGAAAAGGGGAGUGGUCCCAGGAGGAGGCCUAAAGGCCAUCAUGAAGGACGACCUGGACGAUUACGGCGGGUUUGACGGUGGCUACACACAAGACUACGAGGAUUUCAUGUGACGCUGGCUCCAUGACCCCCUCGCCCUCCGCUGCCCUUUGACCCUGUGACCUCUACAUGACCUGCGCCCCAGCCCACGAAUCUCAGCCUGAGCAAGCAAACAUCUGUCCAACCAUGUGGCGCUGGCAAACAUCUCUCCACCCGUGCGGCGCUGGUUAACAUCUCUCCACCCGUGGGGCGCGGGUAAAUAUCUCCACCCGCGCGGAGCUGGCUUGGUGCGCCCCACAGGCCUGGUCGGGGGUUCCCCGGCUGCUUCCACCUCACCUGGAGAACUGAUGAGACGGAAGUAAACAGAGGGAGGCUUUACACGCUGACUAGUACUGAAACAGGCCACCGCAUCACGACUCCAACCACAGCCACCAUCAACCUGGGCACAGAAGAUGGCCAUGACGUCCUGGUUAUCUGUAUUACAGACAGGCAUCUGCUACCAUCUGGAGGUCAAAUUGACAGACUAUGCAAAUUGAUUCUGCAUAAAUCUACUCUUGUGUUGCAUUGUGUUAAACUUACCUCAUGGAUUUUAGUUUAGUAUUCUCUGAAAACUCAGAGCUACUUGUCAUACCCAGGUAGGGAAAACAAGCCAAUCAUUGUUGGCUUUUUAGAUAACAUUAAGAUUGUGGUUUUCAUAUUAGUACUUAUCUAGUCCUAUACAGUUGAUUAAAAGAAAAAAAACAAGUGGUUUAUGUGCACUCAUAAGGUGUCUGUCCAUCAGUAUUGGCUGUUACAUAUAAUAACGGAUUUCACUGCACAUAGUGAAAUGCUGAAAUUGUUACAUUUUUGUGAACGUCUAAUUAAGGUUAUGAAACUAUGAAUAAGUUUGAGGUGAAACACCCCCAUUUUAUGUAGAAUGGAAUUGUCUGACUUGUUUGUCAUUGUUGUUUUGGAGGAGCAAUCUUGUCAGUGCAGUUACAUGCGCAAAACAAAUGAACCCACCAGUCUGAUUAUAGUAAGAAUACAGAAUAUUAGGGAUGCACCAAUAUAUCGGUCAACAUAGGCAAUGGCCAAUAUUGGCCUUGUUUACUAAUAUCAGCUAUCGGUUGUUUAUGACUUUUACCAAUAGCAGAAGCUGAUGUUUACCUGCUAUGUUGCAUCAAUUCUGCACUAGGUAAAUGUGCUAUGAAGGUCUGAUUGAUUGUUCAAUUCUUUUUUUAAUGAAUACGGUAUAAUAAACAAAGUAAACAAACAAAGAACAAAAUAUCGGUAUCUGCAUCGGAUACUGGCUAAUUGGUUAUUUUAUACAUCUCUAUAAAUAUCGGUGUAGUAUCGGUGCAUCCCUACAGAAUAUUCAUGAUGACACAUCUUCAUUCUGGAAUCAUAAUGACAAACUCCAACAAACAUGACAUAUCUAAUCAGAUUGAAAUGGGAAAACUCCUGGUUCUGCAUUAAAUUGGAUUUCAAUCUGAUUACACAAUUUACAUCUCAAUUUUUAAUCAGAGUACAAGGAGUAUUCAGACUGAUCUGAUUGUUUGCGUGUAACCACACUGACACUGGCAGCAGCUCUCAAGCAUAGUGUAUUCACCUGGCCCAAGAAUUUCAUGCAAUCAAAGGACCCAGACUCCCCAUGAAAGCUUUGCUAACAAAGAAGGUAUUUGGGCAAAGGAAAAUAAUAGAGGAAAAAAACAAGACAUUCAGGAUUCUGAAACUCAAAUAGGACUACAGUGUUUUCUUAAGAAUAUGUAAUAAACUUAUUCUUUAAAUGCC